AAUGUUCCUGAUUCUGUACACAAGAGUGUUGCCUUUCAAAGUGAUGAUACAACAACUACACAAAUCAGCAACCAUUUCAAUGUUGUUGAAGUCAGCUCUUUGCUGCCAACCUCUACAUGCAACCCUUCUUCUAAACAAGUGUCAUCGGAAGAAGAGGAGUCUCUGGAACUAGUCCACAACUAUGGACCCUGCUCCCCAAAGAACCAUGGAAAAGCAAAUGCUCCAUCUAUGCUUGAAAUCCUUGACAGAGACCAAAAAAGAGCGAGCUUGAUGGUGUCGAGGCAGCGCUAUGGAAAGAACCAGGUUCAACUCAGAUGGCAAGAUAGCACAUAUGUUAUAAAUGUGGGGAUAGGAACACCUAAAAGGAUGUUCACAUUCAACAUUGACACCGGUAGUGAUCUCUUAUGGAUUCAAUGUCUACCCUGCAAGCUGGGAAAGCCGAAUCAUGAUUGUUACCAGCCAAAACGUCCACUUUUUGAUCCAUCAAAAUCUUCAACCUACACCAAAAUUACUUGUCCCUCACACACAUGCAGUUUGACCAAUACUACUUUAGGGUACACACAAUGCGUUUCCUCAUCUUGCACGUAUCUGGGAGCUUAUUUAGAUGGAUCUUUGAUCUUCGGAUACAUGGCUAAAGAAACAUUAUUUGUUGGCUCCAAAACCUUCAAGGGGAUCAUGUUUGGGUGCAACGAAGUCACCUUUAAUGCCACCCUUGACAAGACUGAUGGCAUAAUUGGGCUUGGCCAAGGAUUCUUAUCCUUUGUAGAACAAACUUCCAAUACAUAUAACAAAGUGUUUUCAUAUUGUCUCCCCUCAAAUCCAAACCGUGUUGGUUUUCUCAGAUUUGGUAAGACUAAACGAGUUUCGAAAUCCUUAAAGUUCACAAAGCUAGGAAGAGAUAAUGCCAUUGAACUCACUGGGAUAAAAGUUGGUAGCACCACUAUUCCCAUAACUGUUAAGAAGGAUACUGCAUUCAUUGAUUCUGGUACUGUCAUUACAAGGUUACCUUCCAAGGAUUACAUUAAGUUGCGAGAAGCAUAUCGAAAAGCCAUGACCGGUUAUAGAUUUGUGGGAGCAAUUUCUGUUGCCGAUACAUGUUACAACGUUGGCGGUCACAAGAAGCUUAAACUUCCAAGAAUGAGCUUCUUGUUUGCAGAUGGACUUCUUUUGGAUAUACCACCCAGUGGAGUAGUUAUACCUUACAACUCCACUGUUGUUUGUUUCCCAUUUGCAGCAACUCCAGAAACUCCCGGAGGCGAAGAUUUUGUACUUCUUGGAAACUACCAGCAGAGAACACUAGAGGUAGUGUAUGAUGUUGCAGGAGGAAAACUUGGGUUUGGCCAUGGUGGUUGCAAAUAG